AUGUCCCAUCAAACUCCACUUCAAAAAAUUACUUUACCAACAGGAAAAACUCCAAACAGGUUAUUCAUCAACAACGAAUUCGUGGAAUCAAUCGAUGGUCGACGUUUCGAAACCGUGAACCCAUCGACCGGAAAAUUAAUCACCACAGUCGCAGAAGCAACCGAAAAAGAUAUUGACCUAGCCGUGGACGUAGCAACAAAAGCUUUCGAUAACAAUUGGCAACAUGUCGAUGGGAAAGAACGUGGUCGAUUAUUGUACAAAUUUGCGGAUUUGAUGGAUCGUGAUCGUGAUGAGCUGGCGGAAUUGGAGGCAUUAGAUAAUGGGAAGGCGCUUGUCAUUGCAAAGAGUGUGGAUUUACAGUUGUCUAUUGAUACAUUUAGAUAUUAUGCUGGUUGGGCAGAUAAAAUUCAUGGAAAGGUGAUAGAAACAUCACAUGAUAAAUUCAGUUAUACGCGUCAUGAACCAAUUGGUGUCGUUGGUCAAAUUAUUCCUUGGAAUUUUCCACUUCUGAUGUUGGCUUGGAAAUUGGGUCCAGCUUUAGCAUGUGGUAAUACUGUUAUUCUUAAACCCGCUGAACAAACUCCACUUAGCGCGUUGAAAGCAGCUGCAUUGAUUAAAGAAGCUGGGUUCCCGCCCGGAGUAAUAAAUAUUGUGCCUGGAUUUGGUCCGAUUGCUGGUGCUGCAAUUGCUAAGCACAUGAGAAUUUCUAAAGUAGCAUUUACUGGCAAAAAAAUCCUUGAAGCCGCCGCUGCAAGUAAUCUCAAAAAAGUGACACUAGAACUUGGCGGCAAGUCACCAAACAUUAUUCUCGAGGAUGCUGAUCUCGACCAAGCGAUAAAAUGGGCACACAUGGGAAUCUUUUUCAACCACGGACAAUGUUGUUGUGCUGGCUCCCGAGUUUACGUUCACGAAAAGAUCUAUGACAAAUUCUUAAAUCAAUAUAAGGAGUACGUGCAAACGAAAAAAUUGGGCGAUCCUUUUCAACCAGGAACUUAUCAAGGCCCACAGGUUUCAAAAUUGCAGUUUGAUAGAAUCAUGGCGUAUAUUGAGACGGGGAAAAACGAAGGCGCUACUUUAUUGUUGGGUGGUGAACGACAUGGUGACGAAGGGUAUUUUAUUCAGCCUACUAUUUUUACCGAUCGUGAGGAUAUGAAAAUUAUGAAGGAAGAAAUUUUCGGACCUGUUGUAGCAAUCUCUAAAUUUAGUUCAGUUGAAGAAGCGAUCGAGAAAGCACAUUUAACAGAAUAUGGACUAGCAGCCGCCGUGUUCACCAACGAUAUUACUCGCGCAAUAAAGAUUUCAAAUUCGAUUAAAGCAGGAACUGUUUGGGUAAAUUGCUAUAAUCUGCUUGACCACGCAUUGCCAUUUGGUGGAUACAAAGAAUCCGGAAUUGGGCGUGAACUUGGUAAAUACGCGUUGCGAUAUUACACGGAGGUUAAAACUGUUUCUAUCAAUUUGGGAAUUGUGUUAUAA